AUGGCGACCGCCGGAGGAGAGGAGGACGUCUUCUUGGAUCGGACUUCCCGAUCGACUAGAGGAAAGAGGUACUUCCAGUCACUGUUUCGGUCUCUGUUCUCUUCCCCAUCCUCUGCCUGGCUCGCCGUGAACCCUACGACCUGAUAGGGAAUCGAUAAUGAGCCCGUGUUUUUGAGCGUGUAGCUGCUCUCCGGGCGCCUUCGUCGUCCGGAGGGCAGCCUCCUCGCCGAAUCGCUCGUCGUCGGCGGUAGUUCUGCUCUCGCCUCGGCUGCAUGAUCUCAAACAUACGAGCCCGAUAACUGUCCCCAUCGGGGUUUUAUGACCGGAAAUUCUCGCCUAUCGGAGAUUCUUGUUUUGGGUGUGGAGUUGGAAUUAAUAGGGUUUUCUUCUUCUUCUUCUUCUUCUUCUUUCUUAUCAAGAAUGACCAAGUUGCUAGACGAGGAGGUUGAAGACGACGAGCAGUUUUGGAAUCAGGAUGCCCUGAAAGAGGUAUUCCAUUUAAUUUGAAAAGUUUCUCACGGCAGUUUUUCUCUCCGCCCCGGGCACAACAUGAUUCCAGAAUCAUCGCUGAUACAUUUAGGGCUCCAGAAUCAUCUCUGAUGCACGCAUCACCGUUCCUAUGACCUCUUGAUCGUCAAUAAAAUGAGCCGCCUGAACAUGUUUCCAUGACUCACAAAUGCCAAGCAUGAGGAAAUAACGAAGAGAAAGCUUGCUUUCAUCUUUUUUUUUCUUUUUUUUCUUUUUUUAAUCACAUUCUCUCAAAGUGGCUGCGCCGCCAUUGCAAGAUUUAUCUGCUCCACUGACGUAUAGUUGACUAAUUCUCACGCGUUUUUGUUGGGGUCGUAAAAGAGUCGCCUGUUUGAGUGACCCAGAUGAACUUCUGGCGCCUGUAAGAAGUAUUUUAAAUUUACCUGGAGAUCCUCGUGCAAACUAAAUAGAUCGUCAUUCAAAUUAUCAGUUUUCUUGUCGAUGUGGCUAGAAUAAUGUCUGAUAAACUACUCGGAUUAGACCGUUAUCCGCCAUUUGAACUCUUAUUCCAUCGUUGCCCAUGACGAUUGUGAGUACAUGGGAAACGGCAUGCGAUGACAUAUUCAGCGGAUUGGGUGGUUUUUUUUUUUUUUUUUUUUCGUUACCUGAUAUCUACGCUUGCUUUUUGUUUGGGUUGACUUUCUCCAUGACAGUACUGAUGAACUCUGCUGCUCCUUUGCCCGUUGAUGUGUUGUUCAGGAAGAGAACGAUGAUAGCUACGAAGAAGAGGCGGAGGCUGUCGAUGAAUAUGACAGCGAUUUCGACGAUGAUGUGGGAACCCCAUUUACCGCACAGUGUUUUAUUUAUUCUUAGAAAGUAAAGAAAACUCAGAAUUCUUUCCAUAUAUUUUUUUUUAGAAAAAAAUUAUUUAUGUUAAGUUUUCUGAGAGCAAGAUAAGUCCUAUUCAUGAAUACUGUUCUCUUGUUCAGGAACCCGAACCAGAUGAGGAAGUGGAAGAUGAGGGGAAUGAGAGGUGCGAUUGAUUAGCUGCAGGAUGAAAUGGAUAGAAAACGAGCUCGAUUUUCUUGAUUUGUUGUUGAUAAAUUUUCUGCAGGGUGAAGACGAAGAAGAAGUUGACAUUUCCGGGGAAACAAGCUACGAAGAAGAAAAGUGAAAGGAAGGCAAUCCCCAAGGUAGAACGGCUCCCUAGAGAUGAGAAUUCUCUGCAAGCCGAGAAGACUGACGAGCCCGCGCAGCAAGAGAUAACUGAUGGAGCCCAAGGAGACAGAAUCGUGAGGAAAUCUACCAGAACCUCUGUUAUUGUGCGGCAGGCAGAGAGAGAUGCAAUCCGUGCUGCGCUACAGGCAACCAUGAAGGUUAGUUUUGCUUCUCACAGUCAUUCUCAGUGUUAGGCUGACCGGAAAAUUUUGCCAUUUUUGGAUAUUUUUUGUGCUGUUGUUUUCCUGUCAUCUGAAUUUUGCUAGAAUUUGUGGUAAUUAUAAAUCCUCUGCAUUGCUCCCCAAAGGAACAUCAAUUUCCUGGAUACUUUACCAAAUCUAGCCCAGCAUAUGCGCAGAAAAAAAAGAGUUUUUUGGGUUGUCCUGGCAGCCUCGAUUUUCAGGAUCCUGUGAUCUGCCGAUUCUCAUGGCUGACUAUUGGCUCAUCCCGAAGUCAUUUUCGCUUGCAUACAAUGGCUGCAUGUUUAACCUAGGGUUGCAUGGACAGAUGUAGGCCGAGAUGUAAGUGGCUCUGCAAUAUCUCCGAGCUUCCUGUGUCCCAUAUGUCUGAGGCCUUGGUUUUCCCAACACAAGCUUGGUCGAUUGGGUCCUGAAAGAAGCUUCAACAGCUCUGUGAACAUCGGGGUUAUUCUGUUGAUAAUAUCUUCCCUUGCCAUCUCUCAUGGUUUUUUCUUUUGUUGAUUCUACCUGGGGUCUGCUCGACAGCCGAUUAAGAGGAAGAAGGAGGGGGAAGAGAAGAAGAUGACCCAGGAAGAGAUGCUCUUGGAAGCAGCCCAGACAGGUUCUUGUUUAUUUCACAGCUGCAGUGGAUAUUUCUCGUAGGUCAUGGAGUGAAUGACACAGUUCACCAACUGCUGCAGAAAUCCGAAACCUGAGAAAUUUGGAGCGCGUACUGGCAAGGGAGGAGGAAGUAAAGAAGAAAGCGGUUGUUCAUAAAGAGGUCUACACCGGCCCUCAGAUAAGAUAUGUCUCCAGAGAUGGCAAGUACUCGCUCCUUCCAUUUCCUCUCUUCAUUUUUUCCUCCAGAUCGGGCGUUGACUUUUUCUUCCCCUGGGAUGCCUGCCCCUUGCCGUGCUCAUUGCAGAGCUGUUAUGGCUGAUGUGGUAUCACUUGCAUGCGGGUUAUUUAUUUUAAAUAAUUUACAUUUUCAGAAAAAUAAUCCAGGUAGUUUUGGUCGUCUCUUGAGCAAUGUUUUCACCUGAUGGCUCUUGUUAUUCUGGUAUCAUUUGCAGUCUUAUAAGGAAGGCGAAGUGUUUUUAUUUUUAUUUUUAUUUUUUUUAUUUUAUUUUAUUUUAAAAAAAAGGAGUUAAGAGGAUGCUCUCUCCCCCGCUGUAUUUCUUCUGGAUGAUUGCAUUCUGAUCAAAUUGCGGCCAUUGCAGACAAAACAUUCCUGGAGUUCAGCAAAGGGUUGUCCUUCCAGUCAGAGAUCUGCACUACCGCAGCUCCAUGUAGGUGCAUGCUCUGUCUCUGAUUUUCUCGAGAUCAUCUGCAAGCCUAGUUUUUAUCCUUGUAUGGCUGAUGGGCAUCACGGGUUUCGUUGCAGAUCCUGAGAAUAUUAUACAUAGAGAGAGAGAGAGAGAGAGAGAGAGAGAGAUACACACAUCUGUAGGCCUAGUUUUUGUCCUUGCAUGACUGAUGGCAUCACGGGUUUCAUUGCAGAUCCUGAGAAUAUAUAUACAUAGAGAGAGAGAGAGAUACAUACAUCUGUAGGCCUAGUUUUUGUCCUUGGAUGGCUGAUGGGAUCACGGGUUUGGUGCAGAUCCUGAGAAGGCUGUGUGUGCCGUCACCGGACUCCCCGCCAAGUACGCCGUCUUCCCUCCUCCCCGCAAGUUAUAAUAUUGCAGUUCGAAUCAUCCAUGCUGCUAAUCUUGGAUGAGAGAAACCCGCGGCGUGGGCCUCGGGAGCAUCCUCCUCACUGGGCCCUUCACAUCCUCCGGUCCCGGACGGAAGUUGCAGAGCCAUUUAUCAUAGCUUCAAUCCUAUCCUCGAGGCUACUGUGUCUAACGAGAUCGCAGCCGCGCAGGUACCGUGAUCCGAAGACUGGGCUGCCUUACACGACGCUGGACGCCUUCAAGACCAUCCGCGAGCGGUGAGAAGAUCCUCGUCGUUGUUGUGAUCGCCGCCGCCGCCGCCGCCGUCGUCGUCAUCGUGAGUGGCGGUGCUCACAGUCGUCGUUUUCCUUCUCUUUCCGCAGAUCUCGGAGGGGACGUGGUGGAGGGGAAGGCGGAGCGGGCGGGGAGGAGAAUGAGGAGCAGGGCCCCCUCUUCGCCCUGGUCAACGGGCGGGGUUUCUCCGGCAAGUCGAGGAGGUCGGGGCCUCGGAAGGUCCUCACGUCGUCGAGGGCGGGCCCCCCACGAAGAAGGGUGGCGGCGGCGAUUCUACCAGAGGAUUAA